AUGCUUCAGGUUGAAAAACAAAGAACAAAAGUAGCAGAUACAAAACCGUUAGACUAUAUCUUUACAAAUGCUGGUAGGACUAUUUCAGAUGAAGAAAUUUCAUCCCGAGUAUACAGGUUUGACUAUCCAAUUCGUUGGCUUCAAAGUCCUUCAGAUGCAAAGGCAAUAGGAUUUAGAAGAGUUUUGUUUUCAAAUAGAACUAACGCAUUUAUGUUCGCAGUAUAUUUUCAUGGGCAGUAUAAAGGUUCUGAUGGUCUAAUAGACAAAUUUGACGAAAUGAGAAUCUUUACAGUUCGUUCAGACGAAAGUCUUGAGAAAACUCUAAAUGACUUUCAAACUCAAAUGAACAAAUAUUAUUGGGAAUUUCAAGAAAAAUACGACUCUUUACUAAAUGGAACAUACUAUCUGAAACUAGAAUAUGACAAGAUGAACUCCACCGUUUCAUUUCAAAAGAUUGAAAUUAACCCUCCAAGAGAUACAGAGUUUUAUUUUGGAAAGUAG